UUUUAAGAGAAAAAUUACCAAAUUUUAAAUACUUAUUUUCAAAAUCAAGCUCAUCUGAACUUGAAAUGAGUAACCCUUAUAUAACCAAUACUUCAAAUAACACUUUGACUAAUGAUCCCAAUGUUUUUAGUGAUAAUUUUGUUAUAAAAGAUUAUUAUGAUCUUGACCAUAUAAAAAGCAAUCAUUUUCAUAAAAGGAAUCAAUUUAAUAAUAACUACCAUUGCAAUCCUGAUUACCCUAAGCCCUACAUUAAUUUAAUAGACAGAUUAUCCCAAUUGUGGUUAAAUAAAUAUACAUUAUUUUUAAUAUUAAUGGCAAUAAAGAUUUUUUUAUUUCAAAAAGCUAUAUUGUCAAGUUUAUCAACAGCAGAGCUUUUUACACAACAAUCUUGUCAAUGGAUGGAAAAUACUGCUACAACAUUAGCUUCUUUACCUCACUAUAUGGGGAAAACUGCAAAUACUCUAUUAUUAAAAGGAAUUAAUGAAAUUAAUGACGCGAUAAUUUCUUCUACUAAAUUAUUAUUAAGUGCAACUGAAAAUAUAAUAAUCUUUGUUAUUUCCUUAUUAGUUGGAACAUAUGCUUGUCUUUUAACAACUGCAGUUGAUACAAGUAUUGAUAUUGCAACUAAUAUAUCCGCAACAGUUAUUGAUUUUGUCAAUGAUACUAUAAUAGAUGCUGCGGAUGGAAUCAAUGAUUCCUUAGAGGAUCUCUCAUCUGUGAUGAACAAAAUUGCUGAUGCAGGCGAGUCCAUAAUUGAUCUUUUAACGGGAAAUAACGAUGCACAAGAUGGUGCAGAUUCUAUUAAUAAUAUCUCUUUAAAGAUAUCUUCAUUAGAAAAUAUAAAAAUACCUUCUUCAGUUGACGAUGCGUUAUCUGAAUUGGCUGAUAUAGUCCCGGAUUUUGAUACUCUUAAAAAUAAAACUGAAACAGCUAUUAAAAUUCCAUUUGAAUACUUGAAAUCACAACUAUCAAAUAAAACAGUUUUCGAUAGUUCUGGUGAUACAUUAACUGUUCCUGAAUUAAAAAAGGUUCAGUUUUGUUCUGGUUCUACUGAGAUUGAAGAUUUUUAUAAUGAUUUAUCUUCUUCAAUUGAGAAAACCUCCAAAAUUAUUUUUAUUUUGUUAAUUAUAUUUGCUGUUUUAAUUUUAAUUCCUCUAGCUUAUCAGGAAAUUUUAGGAUGGAAAAGAAUUCAAAGAAUGACAUCAGAGAUAUCGUCUCUAAAUGAAAGACGUCUUGAUGAGCUAACUAUGAAAAGAAAUAUUUACGAAGUUAUCAAUAAUAAUUACAAUACCGUUCCUGUGGUUUUUUCAAAUUUAGUUAACUACAUGUUAUUCAAAUUAUUCAAUAUUUCAGAAAAAACCCAAUUGAAAAUCAAAUGGAUGAUCAUGUAUAUUACUAGUCAAAGAGCAUUUUUCAUUUUUAUGCUAGGCAUAACAGGAAUUAUAACAGUCAUCUUUCAGUAUAUCAUUUUAUCGGUAUUAAAAUCAGGAAUUAAUGGCUUGACAGAUAUAUUUAAAGAUUUAAUUUCUGCUAUGACGUCGGAAAUUAAUAAUUCUGCAAUUGAGUGGACCAGUUCAACUAAUACAUAUUUAACCCAAAGAGAAGAUUCAAUUAAUGAAAAUUUAUUUGGAGUGGUCCACGAUGCAACUGGUUCAGUCAAUGAUAUAAUAUUCAAUUUUCUUGACGAUAUGAAUGAACGAUUAGCGGAUAUAUUUAAUGAUACUUUUUUUUACAAACCAGUCCAAGCAAUUGUUGGUUGUAUGAUUGAAGAUAAAUUAAUUGCUAUUAGCAAAGGAUUGACCUGGGUCUAUAAUAACACUGAGGUUUCAUUUUCAAGAGUAAACGAAACUUAUUUAACUGAUGUGAUUUUAUAUAAUGAUACAUCCUCUAGUGCAUCAAGUUUACUUAAAAGAUCAACCAAUGAUUUUUCGGUCACAACGUUAGUUGAAGGGUCAGAAAAUUCAAUUAAAAAGGUUUUAAGGUCGUUAUUCAGACAGUACAAAAAAGCCACAAACACAGAAUUAUAUAUAUCGAUUGCAUUGAUAUCGAUAUGGUUGUUUCAAUUAGUAGCUGGUUUAAUUUUGCUUGUAAUCAAGAAACAGUUUAAACUAAAUGAUAAACACGACUUUGAACUCCCAGAAACAUAUUAUAAAGCAGAUGAAGAUUAAAGUAAAAAAAAAUGUGUGUGAGAGAUGAUUUUAGAAGUAUACUGUGUAUUUUGUAAAGUUUUUUGGUAGAUUUGUGAUAAAA